AUGCCACCAGUCCUGAUUCUCCUGACCCUACUUCUGCCUCCUGGAGCAGUUGCGGAGGAGAUCAUCGGUGGCUAUAAGGUGAAGCCACACUCCCGCCCCUACAUGGCGUUCAUUGAGUCUGUGGAUAGUGAAGGGAAUAAGCAAUACUGUGGAGGCUUCCUGGUUCAAGACAACUUUGUGCUGACGGCUGCUCACUGCAGAAACAGCUCUCUCCAUAGGUCAAUGACAGUCACACUGGGGGCCCACAACAUUGAGGCUAAGGAGGGGACACAGCAGAUCAUCCCUGUGGCAAUAGCCAUUCCCCACCCAGACUAUAAUGAUACUGUCUUCUCCAGUGACAUCAUGCUGUUAAAGUUGGAGAGGAAGGCCAAGAGGAAUAAAGUUGUGAGGCCCCUCAAGUUGCCUGGGCCCAGGGACCAGGUGAAGCCAGGGGAUGUGUGCCAUGUGGCUGGCUGGGGGAAAACGUCCAUCAAUGCCACUGAAGAAUCUUCCCGCCUACGAGAGGUUCAACUAAUCAUCCAGGAGGACAAGAAAUGCAAAAAACGCUUCCGUCACUACACCAAGACCACGGAAAUUUGUGCUGGAGACUUGAAGAAAAGAAAGGCUUUUUAUGAGGGUGACUCUGGGGGACCCCUCGUGUGUGACAACAAAGCUUAUGGAGUUGUAGCCUAUACAAAAAAUUUGACAAUCUCUUCAGGAGUCUUCACUAAGGUUGUGUACUUCCUGCCGUGGAUAAGCAGUAACAUGAAGCUGCUCUAACAGGUAUUAAACUACCUGUGCCAACCAGCCUGUCUGACCUCAGGCAAGAGCCCAUGA